AUGGCUCCCUCCCCGACCACAAUAAUCUUGGUGGAGCGUGCCACGUCAUCGUCAUCGUCGUCGUCGAGCUCCAGCUCCCUUGACUGUAAAGGCAAAGAUAAGGACAAGAGCGCCUGCCAGAAACCUACCAACGAGAAUGCCUUGGAGAUUGGUUUGGGUGUUGGUAUUCCCGUGGCACUUAUUCUCUGUGUGCUAGGCUUCUUCUUGUACAAAAACUACCGCAAAGACAAGAAGGAGUCCAUGGAGCACGACCCAGACUUUGACGAGAACGGCGAUUCCACCGCGCUCCCAGACUUCCCUGCGUUCACCAAGGAAGAUCCAUUUGCCAAUCGUAAUUCUGUCAACAUGUUUGGCCAGAACGGCGGCUACCCAAUGAUGAAUAUGCCCAACAGCAAGUCUGCUAACGAUUUGGGCUCAUUGCUGACCCGUGGGAACAACGAUCCUUACGUGGACGGCUUUUUCUUACCGUAUCAACAUCAAACGGGGUCAAAGGCAUCUUUGGACGAGUAUGCUAAGCAGAUCAUUGACCAGACAGGCCCACACCACAGAACGAACUCCAUGUAUUCGCGUACUUUGGGAACGCAGCCCGAAAGCACACGAGUGUCUCCGCAAAAGAGUACAUUGCGCCAGGUAGACUCUGCACUGGCAGCUCCGGUUGGAAAGCUCCAAUCGGGUGAUUACACCAAGUUGGACAACAACUCGAACUCACUGUUAUUCUACAAUACUAAGGAACAUUUCGACCUGAGCGACGGCACCAGCGGCGAGACCUCAAAGACUUUGGGCAACCAGUUCGAUGUCGAGUAUGAGAAUGAGCUGACACCUGCCAUUAACACUUCUUUGAACCAAAAGGCCAAACUGGCUCACGUCCAUUCUGACGGACCUGAUUCCGAUGGUGUGGAGUCCGUAGACACCGAUGUUUCUGACGACGUUUACCCUAGGCAUGCCACCUCAAAGUCUGCUCUCAAGCGUGCGAAUGACACCCAAGAUGAGACUCAGCAGUCGGUGCCAACGUUCAACGUCCAAUCUCCAUUCGAAGACCAGGAGUUUGAGUCUCAGUUCGACACCACUGGCGAGGACCUCCAACUGCCAGCCCGCGUGCAUCCCCCAGUGGAACGCACCGAUGGUGAUUUCGAUUUCUCUAAUGAUAGCUUUGAGAACGACAAGGUAGAAAGUCCUGACAGGUCUGGUGGAUCUAAAGGUAAGAGCAUCAAGAAAUCUCCACGUAUGUCUGCUUUCAACAUGUUGAAGAAUGUCAGUGACGAUGAAGAUGAGGGAGAGAUACCUUUGGAGAACACGCAGAUGACUGCAGAUCAAGAAGAAGAAUUAGCAAGAAUGAAGUCUGUUUACAAGGUCUACUUCGACCGUGCCAACUCAAUGAAGUCCGAACAUGGAGAAGCUACGAGCAGGACAUUUCAGGCCGAUCCUUCGGCUCCAUUACCGGCUCUUGAUGUUGACAGAUUGAAGAUCAACGACCAGUUGAGAGGUGACACCAACUACGAUAAGCGUAAAACCACCACCUCAUCCAUCUACGAGGAAAAUCCCCUCUAUGGAGAGAACGGAACUCGUAUUGUCAUUCAUCCACACCAACAGUUCAAUGCUCCUCCUCCCAACGAUUUUGCGGCACAACAGCAGUACUAUGCUCAACAGAAUAGUUACCUGUCGCAGCAGUCGCCUGAUCUGACUUUACCCCCACAGGACUUGCCUCCACUCAAGUCUUUGCCUCAUCCUUCUGACUUCAGACACUCCACCAUUGAAACAUUUACGGAUUACCAACCACGUGCGAAGAUCACGUCACCUUCAUUGAAGAACCAGCAUGGCUAUUUCGAGCCCACUAACGAGUCUAAUAGUUCACCAUACAUGUCCUCGCAGGGUUCAUUUGCAUCGCCAACAUCCCCAGUGAUGGGAGAGUUGCCUCCAACGUUGCGCAAGGGAAGCGGAAGUUCCGCCAAGCCCUCACCCUCGCAAUUGGCCAGAACCUCUGUUGUCAUGUUGAACCCAGUUUCGGAGAUUACUCCACUGAGGAAAUUCAAGCCAGCAGGAUCAUUGCCUAGUGGAGUGCCUUCACAAGCACCUUAUUACCAAAACAGCGAUGAACUUGCACAUUCCAAUGAUGACCUUAUUCCAGGGAACCGGAAAAGUGCUGUCAGAAGAAUGAUGAACACGAAUUUCUAG